CCCUCAGUGACGCCACAGCCCGGUGCCGCUGGGCGUGUCGCGGCUGCGCGGCGGGGCCGGCGGGGCGGGAUGGCCGGAGCGGCCGGCGGCCGUUGAGGGGCCGCGGAAGAUGGCGGAGCUGCGGGAAGGGGAGCGUUACGGCGUGUCCUGCGAGGGCGGCGCGUCCCGGGUCACCGUCAUGCAUGUCAGGCUGACCGAGACCGCGCUGCGGGCGCUGGAGAAGUACCAGAGCUGCAAGGAUCGUGUUUCUUCUCAACCUUCGAUUCAGUUUCAAGGAUCCCAAGGGAGUAUUAAAAUUCCCGGAGUUGAUGCGCCAAAUGAAGCACAUACAUUUAACUUCUACGUGUCAAAUGUUGGCAAAGAUAAUCCUCAGGGAAGCUUUGACUGUGUCCAGCAAACAGACUCAAGUUCUGGAGCCUCGCAACUCAGUUGCCUGGGAUCUAUACAGAAUAAAAUUACAGUAUGUGCAACAAGCGAUUCCUAUCAGACGACCAGAGAGCGCAUGACGCAGGCAGAAGAGGAGUCGCGCAAUCGAAGUGCAAAGGUUAUUAAACCUGGUGGACCAUUUUUAGGAAAAAGAGUCCAGAUCAAAAGACCUCCACCACGAAGCGUUCCAGAUGCUGCUCCGCAGAGGAAGAGGUCGACACCCAUGAACCCCGCAGUCACGGUACGGAGGACUCACACUCACGGUGCUGUUUCUCAGCGGCCGUACCGGGACAGGGUAAUUCACUUACUGGCACUGAAGAAUUACAAGAAACCGGAGUUACUUGCUCGCUUGCAAAGAGAUGGAGUGAACCAAAAAGACAAGAAUUCGCUUGGAAUUAUCCUUCAGCAGGUAGCCAACCUGAAUCCAAAGGAUAAUUCUUACACUCUGAAGGAUUAUUUAUUUAAAGAUAUUCAAAAAGAUUGGCCUGGAUACAGUGAAAUAGAUAAACAGUCAUUGGAGUUAAUACUUUCUAGAAAGUUAAAUUCAUCGCAGAAUGCCACCAGCACCAGCCAUUCGGGAUCUCCUGUAAACUCCAAUAAAGAUGCUUCAUCAACACCUUCUCAGAAACGGCCUUUGAGUUCCAAUUUUAUUGGUGCUGUGAUGAACAAGAAGCAGAGGAUCUCUCACCUGACCAGUCGCCCCCAGUUCAGCGGCCUCUUGUCCCACUACAGCGAGAAAGCGGCCGCUCCGCCGCCCCCCCGUCCCGCCGCCGCCCCCGCGCCCCCAGUUCUGCUCCCCACAUCCACCCCUCCCCAAAUCUCCAGCUCCCCCUGUACCCCCGAGGGCCGCGGGACGCAGGACCUGCCGGUUGACGCCUCCAGUCAAAACCACAACAGCGUCUAUGAGGACCAGCAACAGAAAUACACCUCUCAGACUGGUUUGGAUGUCCCGGCCCCGGUGCAGGAGGAGCAUCCCGAAUCUGCAAGCAGGAAGCGUGUGAUGUUGCACCAAAAGACCAAUAAGGCGAAAAAGCGUAAGGACACUGACGAAAGCGAAACUCAGGACUCUACAAGUACGAGCGAGGAGGAGAAAGACCUUGGAAAAGAAGAAACUACAAAGCUGGAAGAAUCCUCCCAUUUGGAUUCAUAUGAAGGAGCUGAAGAAACUUGCGUUGCCUCUGCAGGUUCCCCUUUAACAACAAGUGAACAACCAGACUACUUAGUAAAAUACGUAGCUAUAGUCUCAUACGAGCAACGCCAAAGUUACAAGGAUGACUUUAAUGCAGAGUAUGAAGAGUACAGGAACCUGCAUGCUCGCAUGGAAAGCAUCAGCAAGAGGUUCAUGGACUUUGAUGCACAGCGGAAGCUUCUCACUCCAGGGUCCAAAGAGUAUCAGAGGCUUCAUGAAGAAGUGCUAGAAGAGUAUCAAAAGAUAAAACAGGUUUGUGUAACACUAGAUUUGUGGGGUGUAGUAAAUAUGGAGCCUGGCUCAGGGCUGUUUUUAAGCAAAAGACAUGAAAUCUUAAGCUCCGCAGGAAAGUUUUCGUGCCCUAAUUUUCUUUUUAUCUUUAUCUUGACAGUCCAACCCCAGCUACUAUGAGGAGAAGUACAGAUGUGUCUAUCUCCACAAUAAGCUGUCUCACAUUAAGAGACUAAUAGCGGAUUUUGACCAGCAGCAGGCGGAGUUGUGGCACUAGUCGUUGCUUUGGCCGGGACGUGAACGAACUGUAGCUUAUUUAUUUAAACUUUAGGGUUAGUUGCUCUAAGUUUCUUUUGAAUUACAGAAGUUUCAGUAUUAACACACUUAACUACUUUUGUUGUUGAUGUCUCUUUUAUGCAUAUUUGAAGCUGCUUUUUCUGGUCCCUUCUUUUCUUCAAAACUUAUGUUUGUCCAUUGGAAUAAUUUCAUUGGUAGGUGCUGGGAAUCCAGUACCUCUACUACAAAAUUGUGCGCAUUUUAAGGAAAUGUAGCAGAUUGAAAUGUCCUUGGAUAAAUAUAAGGCUGUUUUCUGACCUUUCUUGUUAAUACAAACUCUUUGCCUUAAAUGGUAGAAGAUUUUAAAAUUUGCACAAAAUUAAAAAAAAAAAAUAAGCCAUUGCUUUGGAGGGUUAAAGAGGCACGUGGAUUUGCUGUAUACAGCAGAAGCUUAACCUUUUACCUUAAACCCCCCAUUGCAGUGGUUGCCUUAAGGUGUUUGCUUGUGUGUGUUUGGUGUAAAGUUUUAGCUGCACCGGUUCCCCGAUGCUGCAGCAGCCGGGGACCCCACGUGGCCUACGGGUGUCUGGGCGCGUGUGGUUUAUCGUGUGUGUGCACGAGUGCCUGAUGGGGAAUGCAAAAUAAAGCUGCUACUCUUAGGUAAGCCAAACGCUCAGGUUAAAACAACUGACGAGUGUUGCCGUAGGUUUUUCCUACAAAAUCUCUGUUUCUAUUGUGGAAGGUGAGAGCAUUUCCAUUUCAAUAGUUUGUCAGCUUUAAUAAUACUUGGGGAAUUGAUACUCUACGAAAUAUAGUUUUUGGGCGAGAUUAUAAAAUUAAACAUGUAGGCUACCUAUUUAUAUACUCCUAUAAAGUAUUUUUUGAAGAGAGAUAUGCAAAGAAUCUAUUGCCUACGUGAAAUAUAUAUUUAAAGAAUUUUGUCCUGAUUGCCAGGAAUAUAAAAAAGAACAGAUCUAUUUAACUAUAAGAUACUGUGAUCACCAAACAGCACAAAGUUUCAUUUCAUUCAGUUUUUUUGGUUUAUUUUGAUGUAAACAAUUGCUUACUUUGUCGUGUGAAAACACAGGUUACUCGGUUGAAAUUGAGCAAAAUCUUUGUGUGUCUUACUGUGUUCGUCUUUUCAAAACGCUGCCAAUUGAAAAGGGAAGCAUUAUGUUUACAAAUCUGAGUUUAGAGUUUUUGCCAAAAUGCUGGUAACAUCGCUAGCAGACCUUAUCUCCAGCGUCACGAAAAAGCUGUUGUGUAUCACCGUGAACCAGAAAAUGUGUGUCAGAAAACACGCCUUUGGGUAAACGGGAGCGAUUGAACUUUUGCCUUAAAUUUGUGAGUUCAAAGCCGUUACGUUCACGGAGGUGGAACAGCAGACGAGGUGCAUCCCUUUCUGCUGCAUAACAGCAAUAUCUGUGUUACCUACUGGAGACCAGGCUGACAUUUCAAAUGGCAAAACAAGGGGAUUUCUUGCUCCCUUAAGAGCUGCGUAAUCUGGGUUUAAUGAGGGGAUUCGGUCCCGAGCGCACAGUGAUGCCCAGGUGUAAGUGUGGGAGCUGUUAAAUUAACCGCACUGUGUCGUUAGCUUUCAACCAAGAAGCAAAGUGGCUAUUUGGAUUAAAAUGAUGCGAAUUCCUGGUAUUGGGACGCAUCUUGGCGGCUCAGUGCUCUUGAUCUAACCUGUGUGUAGGGACGCGGCGUUAACGCUGCCCGGGGCUGUUCAUCACUGUGACACGAGACAAUGCAGUUAGUUGAUUCAUUUCUUCCUUCCCUCCUUUCCUCUUUCCCUCCUUUCCUCUCUUUCUCCUUUCCCCCAUUCCUCCUUUUCUCCUUUUCUUCUUCUCUGCGCUUCUCCUUUUCCGCUUUUCUCCUUUUCCGCUUUCCUAUUUUUCUGCUUUUUUUCUCCUUUUCUCCUUUUCCGCUUUUUUUCUCCUUUUCUCCUUUCCCGCUUUCCUGUUUUUCUCUUUUUUUCUCCUUUUCUCCUUUUCUACUUUUUUCUCCUUUUCUCCUUUUCUACUUUUUUCUCCUUUUCCGGUUUCCUAUUUUUCCUCUUUUUUUCUCCUUUUUCUCCUUUUUUUCCUUUUCUCCUUUUCCGCUUUUUUCUCCUUUUCCGCUUUCCUAUUUUUCCUCUUUUUUCUUCUUUUCUCCUUUUCCCCUUUUUUCUCCUUUUCCACUUUCCCGGUUUUCUUCUUUUCUCCUUCUCUGCUUUUCUCUUUUUCCGCUUUUCUUCUUUUCUCCUUUUCCUCCGUUCUUCCCUCUCUUUCCUUCCAUUCUUUCACCGCGGUGUUGUAUUUGCACACGUUUUCCGCUCUACCCGCUGUACGUGUUCGUGCCAUUUCAGCGUCACGGCGCUGCGUUACCAUCACAAACCUGACGACCCGCUCUCAGCGCCUUCGCUGAAGGUGUUUCCCAUUUGCAUUGAGCACUUCUGAUGCCUUUCAAGAACACCCGACGUCGCGUGUGUUGCCAAAUGGUGCUGUAGAUCCACAGAUCCCUUGUUCAGCAGAUGUUGGGGUCCUCUGGUGCGAUUGUUGCCUUUGCUGUGAACAGCUCUGGGGAGCAGACACUGCCCGUGGUGGCAUCGGGGCUGGUGACACCGCUACGGAUCCGAAGCGAUUGGUGCACAUCCCCUUCACGGAAACUGUGAAUCUCACUACAAUUUACACAAUGUAAACGGUGGAAAAGGGAGGCAGCCGCCCUCGCUGGCUGGCUGAAAACAACAUUGGUUGGGAAAAUUGGUUUCCAAUCUUGCUGGAGUUUGAGGGAUAAAAACUGUGUCCAGAGUAUUUUGUGUUAUUUUGAUGGUAGAUGUGGUCAGUGGAAGCAGCUCUCCUGACUGCUCUCACGCCUUCAGUUCACCUCGUCCGUCACUAAAAGAAAGUAAUAAAUUCAAAUAUUUUGGAAGUGUUUUGUGAAACAUGUAGACAAAUAUUGGAGUCUAGUUACUUCAACAGGUUUUAAACAGAAAUUGGGCUAAAAUGCUAUUAUAGUAACUUUGCUCAUUUGUUUGCUUUAAAAAAAAAAUGUUACAACCAGUGUUUCUGGGUGUUUAAUGUUGAUUCAUGCAAAGACCUAUGGCUGCUUUGAAGUAUAGUUAUUAAGUUUUGUGUCACCUGUGUGUGUACCUGGUGGGGGAGGGAUGUGGCCAGCACUUCUGUAACCUUGUUUUGGGGGAGGGUACGAAACUGAAGAAGGGAGGACAAUAUCGGGAACAUGAAGGCUUAAAGCAGGGCUGUGCGUCCCUCUUUCUGACCCAGAGAGGGUUUCACAACUUUUCUUUUCAAUUGCGUCCGUGCAAACUGUAUGAAGACCCUGUACAUGAAACAUCCUGGGGGCAUUUUGUGAAUGGAAGCUGGAGCCAUUGUUGCCUCUCUGUUCUACAUCAAUUCAAGUUCAAUAAAAUGUUAUAUUUACAA